ACGUGUGGUAUUGGACAUACCGUGGAAACACAAUGGCAUAAGAUUCGGGUGAAAGUUUUAUCUCAUCAUCCAACAUGAUUGGUUUUAUUUUUAUGCCUUGGGUCUCGAAUCCGUCACCUCAGAAGAAGUAGCGGAUGCAAUAGAUGAAUAUAAUUGAUUCCUGUUGAUGAGUAUUUGUUAGUUAACGAAGUAUGUGAGUAGCGGGCGUUGGAAGCGAUUCCGAUGUGUUGACGGUGUUGUGUUUGGGGUGAGAGGAAGUGAUAAGAUAAUGGAGCGAAAGAGUGAGAGCGAGCGAUGCCGCCAUGGGAAUAACAACAUUCCAAUCUUAUCAGCUGGUCGUAGAUGCGACAACAGCGCAAGAAAUUCCUCAGGCGAGUGCGUUUAGAGCAGGAUGGAUGGAUGGGGUGGAGACGCGCUCGAGCGAGACGGAACGACUUUCAGGUAUGACACACCAGCUGCUCUCUCUCGACUGAUGUGAAUAAUAAAGUAGGUGCAAUUGCUUUGAUUACGUCCGUCGAACGAAUCUGUGUUUUUCUUCGGUUGUUACUUGCGAGGGUGGAAUUCGGGCAGCAGAAGAGACUUCACUUCUUUCCUUCCUUCCGUAAGGUGCUGUGAUGCAGAGAAGGUGAAGGUGUCCGUCAGCGCUGCAGCCAUGUAUCCGUCGUUUAGUGAAUAUAAUGUGAAGCAGAGCCAGGAGGCCACAAAGAUGAGCUUCUUGAGGCAGCCCAAUCGACAGUAUUGGCAGCUGCUUGCCAGCCAGUCCACUAGCUCCUUUAAGCCAAGCCUUAGUGGCAGCGAGACUGAUGUCUCCACAUCCAAUGAAAACCUAUCCAACGAGGAGAAGUAUGUCAUUAGACACACAGCCAGGCAGGAGCCCCAGGGCCAAGAGAAUCUCCAACAAUCCUCAAAUCGUAGCUCCCUUAGAGAUAGUUUACAAUCAAACAGAAGCUCACUCGAUGUAUCAUCCUCAUCCUAUAAUACUCUAAUCAUACACAGUAUUGGUGAAGACACAUGGACAGGUCGUAAUUCGGGUGGAAGAGAUACGGAAUCUGGUGUAUUUCUUCAGGGAUCGCCGGUAAACGGAGGCGAAUCCGUUCAGAAGAUGUCAGCAUCGCCAGCUCCGUCUACUGGCUCCAGCGUGGGCCACGGCACCGACGAAACGGGCGUGCAGAUUACUGAAAUUCCCGAUGACUAUUUAAGCCAAUCUUCGGUCUUGAAACAUUUGGCAAAGGAAGUUAAAGGGGAGAGGAUCGGUGACCCACGACCACCUCCCGACUACAACAAGUGCAUGAAACAGCGAAAGCAGUGUUUUAAGGCCAUGUCCAAAUCACAGCCUGACCUCUCGAUGAUGAGAAGUGAUGACGACGUAAAGCAUGUGCCAAGGCCUAGGACGAAGGGGCGAGUGGAGAGUACCACCGAGAGGGACUGGCAGACAGUGGAGAUGGUCGAGCUAAUUAUGAAGGAAAAUGGAGCGCUUAAGAUGGAAUUGGAACAAUGCUACCAGAGGGUGGCGAAGACAGAACUACUGGAGCAGGAAGUAGUAAAGAUCCACAGGUCACACGAUGAGCUGGUUCAGCUGAGUGAAAGGAGAGAGCGGCUGGAGAAGAUGGCUAGGCAACGUCUGCAGACAGAAUGCCGGAAAUUGCAGGAUCAUAAUAAGGCAUUACGGGAGCAACUCGGCUUGUUGACCUCGGACGGACACAAAAGGGAACUCAAUAAGCGAGAAAUUUUAAUUACACAACUCAUAACUCAAAACAAAGAGUUGGUAGCAGCUAAGGAGCGGCAGGAGAUUGAACUGGCAGCUCAGAGGGCUACGCUUCAAGAGCAGAGAACUCACAUCGAUAUCUUGGAAUCUGCGCUCACUAAUGCCCAGGGGAACGUUGUUCGACUAGAGGAAGAAAGUCGAAAGAAACAAGUGUACGUCGAUCGCGUGAUGCAAUUGCAACACGCCUUGACUUCACAUCAAUUGGUUAGUGAGCGGAGAGAGCAAACCGAAAGGCAGUUAAGGCAGCAGCUCGAAAUGGAGUUGGAGCGAACAAAACGUGACGACUGCGGAAAAUCUAGCUGGGCAGAUAUCCGCGGUUUGAACUCUGACGACGCGGAUCUCAAGAAGAGACUCCGCGAACGCGAAGAAAUGAUAAUGCGAUUGGAGGGUGAAUGCUCCAAAUGGGAGCAAAGAUAUUUAGAGGAAAAUGCAUUAAGACAAGCAGCCAUCGAUGCGGCUAGCAUCCCCAAAGAUGCUAAAAUUGCAGCAUUAGAAAAAACUAGUCAAGAAACAGAAAAGAUUAUAGCUGAGGCUCGUAACGAAAAGAUUAGACACAUGGACGAGGCACACGCUUCCCAAAAGAAAGUGACGGAUCUGGAAUCUAGAUUAAAGGAUUUGGAAUCGAAAUUGGCCGAGCGUGAUGCCAUGAUACGCGUCCUGCAGAAACAUCAUACUUAUGACAAGGACGUUUCUAGUAUGUUGAGCAGGUCACCUCACCAUACACCACAUCCAAGCCUCGCCGGUUCUGAUUUGGACCAUGUGCUGGGAGCUAGCGUAUCCAGAGAAGAAUUGGUGAGCAGUGUGUUGACAAGCUCGACUAGCUUUGGUUCCGGCAACUCUUAUACAGGAAGCGACAGCUCGUAUAUGCCUUCAUAUAAAUUCGAGAACAAAUGUUUCGAUUCGACGAAGAAGACGCUUGACAAUCAAAUCAAAGAGAUCGACAAUCAACUGGGAUCGCAGUUGCUCAGCAAGCGGGCGCUUUGCUGUUUUCCAGGACUCACUAAUCCAGUCGCUGCGCAGAGAAAAGGAACAAUUCCCAAGCCACUAUUGGCGGGUGUGACAUCAUCGUCCUCUUCAUCGGUAUCUCAGCCGUCGGCGUCGGGAGCGGUGAUCGGAACGACGACCGUCUCCGUGACGGCGACCAACGCCGACGCGAAUACCGCCAGCCAGUCGGGCCAGGAGAUGCUACUGUUGGAGAAGCAAGGUCGCAGCUCGCAGCAGCAAAGGAUGUCCGAGAAGGACUCGACGGGCGGCGGUAGCAGCAGCGGUGGGACUGGGACACCACCUACACAUCCUAGCAGUCUACCGCGGCCACCGCGUACUAGGUACAACCGCCUACCCUCUGAGACGCCGCCCGAACGCAAGAAGUCCGAACCAGGCAUGACUAGUACUAAUAACCGUAAGCCGUCCCCGGCGCGAUCAAUGAUCCCGCCCCCGCGGAAACUUGGCGACUACGGCCGUCUUUCGGACAGCGGUAGCUCGUCGGUGUCGUUGCGUAAACCAUCGCCUCGCCUGAGCGCCAGUCGCGACUCGGCAUCCACCUUCAGCGACAACUCUUCUAGUUCUUUGCCACAUCCGAAGGUGCGGUUCUAUGGCAGUGGUCCCGUACGACGCGGAUCUAGCCUUGGCCGCGACAGCAAACCCGGCGACUCUCCAACACCCACGCCGCCCGCCAAAUACCGAAUACAAUUCUGAUCAUAUACACAUCUUACAUGCCGUCUACUAUCAACGCGGUACUUGCCAAUUAACUUUUACAUGCACUGACCAAAAAAUAUAUCAUCUUGUCAUUAUCCAACUCCAUUGCAUAAGUGUAAGAGUACUUGCGAAGUAGUGAGACUACUGCAGAAGACAAGUACAAAUAGUGCAGUGAGCAUCUCGUUCCCACUAUUUCAUAUUUACUGAGUACUUGUCAAGUCCUACGUAGUGAGUAGUCGAUUUUAUACACACGCACCCAUUAUUUAUUAUUAAUUUAGCUUCCUGACGUUCUACUGACGCUAGUCUAUCACUCCAAAUAGUUGCAAAUAAGCAUAUGAAUGAAAGACCUCUAGUCGUUCCUAGUCCGGGACAUUAUUCAUUGUUUGUUAUUUCUUUAUUUUAUUUUAAUAGUUUUCCCCAUAUUAU